GUUAUCAAAUGCAACAUCAGCUCAAUUGGUGAGAAAUCUGUGGUUGGGGGCAGCUAUCUCCAGUUUGGAAUGCCAACAGGGUCCGCGGGCACUUCCAGUUCAUCAGGUUCUAGACAGUCUACAAGUCAAAUGGCGGGCUCACAGUUCAGCCCGUUGACUCCUCGCGAAAGGGAGAUGAGGGAGCUCGAGCAGGUCGAAAGGAUCCGUGCACAAUUAGAGAAGGAUCUGAAAGAAGCUACCGAUAGAGAAAAAGAGAUAAAGAAUAGAGCAGCCAGGCUUGAAACGUUAGAGUCUGACAAGGCUGACUUGGAGGGUUUAGAUGACUCGGGAAUGAAUGAGCCCAUGAAAGUGUUGAGGAACAACAUGUUGUCGCUGCAUGCGCAAGUGGACAGCAGGUUGGACUUCAUGCAGAGCACUUUGGACCAGAUCCUGGACAUCCUAACAAGCCCAGGAUUUAGGCCACCAGCCCAAUCGUCGUUGUCGUUAACGGCGAUGUCAGGCCCUUUUCCAGUUCAAGCUGGUUCACAUCCAAGUGGUACGUCUGCAGCAGUCUCCCAGACUUUUGUGUCUUCUUCGGGUCCAGCGGUGAUUGCUACAUCACCGCAACAACCUGUUCAGCAAUCUGGACAGCAGCAAGGUCAAUGGUAUCCCAAGACCCCAAUGAAACCGCCUCUUGCCUUCUCAGGYGAGAGAAARGACGAGGAACUCAACACAUGGUUGAGGACGGUCCCGGUUUGGGUGAAGGCCAAGAGGACCUUGCCAGAGGAUGAAGUGGUAACUGCGGCAUCUUACCUAGAGGGUAAGGCAGCCAAACGGCUAGAUGGGGUAGUUGUGAAAGCCGGUGACCAGUUCCUGUUAACAACUUUUGUUAGAUGUCUUCCAGAGAACAUCAGGAACUUGCUGGCUAGUGAGGCACGCACAGAGUACCACUCAUUUGAGACAUUGUCUAGGAAGGCUUUAGAUUUAGAGGCCCCGCUAGGCAAUGCUCAACCCACCUCAGGUAAUGACUCAAAGAAGAAGAGUCCUCAGGAGUGGAAGAAGAAGGGGGCUAAGUUGAUGAUGGUGGAGUUUGAUGGGACUCAAACUGAGAUUGACGAGCUCACCGACCUGAUGGACUAUAUAGAGUUUGACGGCGAGGAGGUAGCUGAGGGUAGCACCCUCGCCGUGGUAGUGAAGACUAAGGCAGGUGGCCGAGGAAAGGGCCAACCUAGGAGUCAAGGGAAGGCCGCCUUCAAUCAGACCAAACAAGCUGAGUGGGUAAAGGCAGGUCUUGAUUAAGACGUGUGGCGUGACCGCCGAACGCAUGGUGCUUGUAUCAACUGCGGGGAGUACGGACACUCGCAGUACAAGUGCCAGAACGCU